AUGAACAGCGACGAGCAGCAUUCGCAGCCAUGUAUAGCCGAUCAGCCUCGUGGCCAUGUUCCCUGGGGGAUUAUUUUAGAUAACGUGUGGGCGCACCUUCGACCUGCAGAACGCGCUGCAGUUGUGGAAACAUGCAAAGAGGCAUUGACAGCCGUGAGGCAAAGGCUUCUGACACACGUAGGCCUUUAUGUCUCGCGCAAAUUGGCGAUGUCCUUCAUGUCAAUUGGCUUCCAACCCCUGAAGUCCCGCUUCCCCUUCGCCAACCGGCUGACUCUACGGUUGGAUCCGGAGUUCCUAGAGGACGUGGACGGCUCCCCCCCGUCCGCCUCCUCCUCCUCCGCCACCUCUGCCGAGGAGCGUACCCGGGUUGGCGGCGGUGUCAUUGCGAGUAUGGGCCUACAUGACGGCAUCACCAGCUGCAGAUUGGACUACUGGGACUACCUGCCCCAGAGCUCCGUGUACAGCCUGCUGACCGCCCUGCCCUCCCUGGAGUGCCUGGAGGUUAAUCAGGCCUACCGACUAGACCUGGAUGCGCUGCUGCUGCCGGGCCUCACGGGCCUUACCUCGCUGGUGGCCAACGCGGACUACAUCCUGAUGGCACCUGACAUCUUGAGGUCUGCGCCCGUACUGACACACCUGAGGGAACUUAGAUUGAGCCAACUGCAGGUUAACGACCAGCCUGCUGACAACCUGCUGUGUCAGGCCCUGGGCUCCCUCACCGCCUUGACGCACCUGGAGCUGGUCACGAUUAGUGCCGCCACCCGCCAGGGCCUGGUGGCUCUCAAGGGCAUCCACAGCGAGACCCUCCGUCCGCAUCCGCUGGCUCGUCUACCCGCCUACCUGCCCGCCCUCGGCCGCCUGCGCCAUCUGGAGAUCAGUGACGAGCACCUGGAGCGGCGGACCGCCAACGCCAUUCUGGGGGCCCUCACGGCGCUGACGGAGCUGGAGGAGCUCGUCAUGCCGGAGGCGAGGACGCGCGAGGAGGGCUGGUGUGCGUUACAGCAGCUGACGUCACUGACUCGAGUGCACCUGUACAGCAUAGAGCUGAAAGGCCAGGUCCGCGCCAAGGCCCCUGGUUCCAUCACGUGGUGGCGCCGAUUGCGGCUGGAGGACACCUGCCUCCCGGAGCUGGCGGCCUUCAUGCCCGUACCCGGCCUCACGACAUUCAUCGCCACCUUCUACAUGCGGUACGGCGACGGACCGCUGCCGCCACGCGACUUUGCCGGCAUGGACCGAGUCAUGGCGACCCUUGGGUCGGCGCAGGAGGUCCGGCUGUGGCUGGAUAUUGACUGUGACAUCUGGCCGGGGCUGGCGCAGAUCCUGGGUCGGCUACCGGGGCUAACGGAGGUCGUCGUACGGGCGUUUCACCCUAAUCCCCUGAAGGCGCGGGACCUGGCGGCUCUGGCGGCCGCCGCCACGCGGCUGCAGUACCUGGACUUGAACAACUCGGCCAUCGACGACCUGGGUCUGCUGCCUCUGGGGGACCUGCAGCAGCUGUGCAAGGUGUGUUUGGGUCUGGCGGCGCGUGAGGGGCAGGAGGGUCACACCCCGGAGGCGGUCAAGUGGCUGGCGCAGCGGAUGGCGGGGCGACGGCGGCCCGCACUCAUCGUGGCGCCGCACCUGCUGGAUUGCGAGUUGGAGCAGCUGGAGGAGUGGCAGGCAAAGGACCCGGUGAUCCGCGGGUCAGUCACAGUGGCGGAGGCGUUGCCGGAUUUGGAGCUGCCACUGCCCGGUGACCCGGCGGUGUUCGCUGGGCCGUUCUUCCGCGGCGGUGGUGGUGGUGGUGGUGGUGGUGGUGGUGGUGGUGGUGGCAGUCCGGCGGGGGGACGAGCGCGGGGGGACGGCGAUGGGGACGGAGCUGGCGGGCGGCACUCGGGGUCUGCCGGGGGGCCUCUGGGUGUGGGGGGGUUGAGCGGCGGCAACAAGUACAGCUUGGUUGAUCCGGAUGAUCCGCUGGUGAUGCUGAGCAACUGUGUCAAUGAAUUUUUCCGCAGGACGGAUCUGUGA